AUGCUCCGUAAUGUAGAUGAUGAAAAACAUUACACUCCUCAGUUAGUUUCCAUUGGCCCUUUUCAUCAUGGCCAAGAAAGCUUGAAGGAAAUGCAAUUUCACAAGGAGAAUUAUUAUUUGAAAAACUUUCUUAAUGAACGUUCUACAAAGAAGAAAGAGGAAAUCUCACAGUUCAUUCAAGAACAUUUUGAAAAUAUGAUCAGGUCUAAAUAUGUUGGUCCCAUAGAGCUUGAUGACAAUGAGUUCAAAGAUAUUAUUCUCACUGAUGCUUGCUUCAUAUUUGAACUCUUUUCCUUAACGUGUGAAGGAAAAAGGCCAGGAGAUUACAUAUUCUCAACUCCAUUAUUAUUAUAUUGGACAAAGAAGGACUUGGUAAUGUUUGAGAACCAGAUUCCAUUAUCUUUUCUUCAGAACCUAUACGACUUUACCAACCCUAAGCCUGGCCACUCACGGUCGUUUCUGGAGCUUUCCAUGAAAUUCUUUCAACUUAAAAUUCCUUCAGACCACUUGGAUGGAAUAAAACACUUCACUGACUUGUACAGAAGGUCUUGGCUCCCAAAAGAAAAUUUUAAGAGUGAUUAUCGUACAAAUUUCUACGAUCUUAGAUACACUGCAACAAAGCUAGACAAAGCCGGUGUUGAUUUUGCUCCUCCACCACCCAAAGAAGACUCAACACCGCUAACAAGAGUUAAGGUUUCGAGGCAGGGAUGGCGGUGGUGCAAAUUCAUACCAUGUUUGAAUUCCCUCAAGCUUCAACUUCCUGUUUUGAAGAUACAGAAUAACACAGAAUGCAUUUUGCUAAAUGUGAUGGCAAUGGAACAAUGUCAACCUGAUCCGCAGUCCAAGACUCCCAUCUGUAGCUACAUUUUGGCUAAUGGAUAA